CUAGUUUUCUUCAGACCUGCAAGAAACAAUAAAAAAGUAACAAAACUACCAAAAAAAGAAGUAAAAAAAAAACCUUUCAGGUCUCAACUAAAAAUGGAGAUGAAGACGAUUGCCUGCGGAGUUCUUUUCGCUGCUGCUUCCAUGACCGCCGUCAUGGCAACAGAAGUUGGAGCUCCGGCACCAGGACCCGCCGCAAGCGGAGCCUCAGUAGUCGUACCGGCUCUUGGCUCUUUGGUUGGGGCUUCCCUCGUGUCUCUCUUCACCUACUACUUGAACUAAAUUAAGUUUAUACAAAAAAAAGUUGAUUUCUCUACUAUGUCCGAUUUUGAACGUAUUGUUUAGACAGGCAAAGUGAAUAAGACGGAAGAGCUAAUAAUUUGAUUAUGAUCAGACAAAUUUUAUGUAAUGCUGAUUAAUAAAAAUAAAUAAAUGUGUUCUUCUACUC